CAAGAUGGCGCUUCCGGGAAGGGCUAAGCUAACCCAUCACCUCAGACUCGCAAGGAGGUUUCUCCGCCACAAUCAAAGGUUUCUCUGCGAUGGAGUGUCGUCGGAAAAUAAGGAGUCUCCAGGCCAAGCCCGAGUUUUCUCUGGGAUCCAGCCCACCGGGGUGCCCCAUUUGGGCAACUACCUCGGUGCCCUGGAGAACUGGGUGUCCCUUCAGGACCAGUACCCAUCUGUGCUCUACAGCAUCGUGGACCUCCACUCCAUCACUCAGCCUCAGGACCCGGAACGGCUCAGGACCAACAUCAUGGACAUGGUGGCCAGCCUGCUGGCCUGCGGCAUCGACCCAGAGAAGGCCAUCCUUUUCCAGCAGUCUCAGGUGCCCGAGCACGCCGAACUUGCCUGGAUCCUCGGAUGCCUGACCAGCAUGCCCCGCCUCAGACACCUGCCCCAGUGGAAGAUGAAGAGCAGGCAGAAGAACGAAGGCAGUGUUGGCCUCUACACAUAUCCCGUCCUGCAGGCAGCAGAUAUUCUUCUCUACAGGUCCACGCACGUCCCCGUUGGUGAGGACCAGACCCAACAUCUGGAGCUGGCCCAGGACCUGGCUCGCAUCUUCAACAACCGCUACGGGAAACUCUUCCCCGAGCCCUGCGCCUUACUCAGCGCCACACAAAAGGUCAAAUCCCUCCGCGACCCCUCGGCCAAAAUGUCCAAAUCCGACCCCCAAGCCUUGGCCACCAUCGCCAUCACUGACUCCCCCGACGACAUCGCUCUGAAGAUCCGCCGCGCCGUCACAGACUUCACCUCCGAAGUCACCUACGACCCCAAGGCUCGGCCCGGCGUGUCCAACCUGGUGACCAUCCACGCCGCCGCCGCCGGCAUCGGUGUGGAGGAGGCGGUGGCGCGGGCCCGGGGUUCGGACACGAGAGCGUACAAGGCCACAGUGUCCGAGGCAGUCAUCUGGCGGCUGGCGCCCAUACGGGAGGAGGUACUGAGGCUUAGGGCGGAGCGUCCUCACCUGGAGGCCGUGCUGGCGGCCGGGCGCCGCCGGGCUCGUCAGCUGGCUGCGCCCACUCUCCAGGAGAUCCGACGGAGGCUCGGCUUCUCUUGACAGGCGACGUGAAACUGUUGGAAUGCUGCCGGCUUCCAAGCUGAACUCGGUGACUUCAUAGCCUUCCCGACAAGCAGAGGAAGCGCAAGAGGAUGACAUCACAUCCUGUCUCCACUCUAACAGCAUUUACUCCUAUCUUUUCUAUUUGUAUUGAUGAACGGAUGAUGUGUGAAUGUGAGUGCGACCCAAUCAUUGUCCAAAUUCCUAGAAAUACAAAAAUAUGAAUAAUAAAGAUAUGAAAUCCUUUUAUUUUUACUCUUUAACUUAACAUACGUCAGUGUGAUAUUUCUAUUUAUUUAUUUCAGGUAAGUCAAAGAAUACAAGCAAAGUCCGACAGCAGCAAUAAAUAGUGUAUUCUUCUGUACUUUGUACUUUCUGUAUUUUCUAGUAGCUUUUCUAGUUCUCCUUUGACUCUGACCAGCUGACUGCAAACCUCAACACAAACCUGAGGAUCACAUCGGGGAAAAUAAUCAUCUGAGAUUUCGAGAAAAAAGUUGUACAUUUACAAGAAAAAAAGGUGAAAAUUUAUGAGAAAAAAGAUGGAAAUUUGCAGGAAAAAAAAGUCAGGAAUUUACGAGAAAAGUCUUAAAUUUACGAGAAUGAAGUUGUACAUUUACAAGAAAAAAAUCAUAAAUUUACUUAAAGGGCGCAUAAGUCCCCACUUUUCAUACCUCUCUCGGGCAAUGCCCGUUAGCACUGAGUAUUGAAAUAAUCAGAUUUCAGGAAUAAAGUCCUAAAUUAACUAUCAUAAAGUUGUAAAUUGAUGAGAAAAAGCGGUAAAUUUCCCAAAAAAAGAACAGGCAAUGCCCGUUACGACUGAGUACUAAAAUAAUCUGAGAUUUCGGUAAUAAAUUCGUAAAUUUACGAAAAUAAAGUCCUAAAUUUAUGAGUAUAAAGUAGUGAAUUUAAAUUUUUCUCGCAAAUUUACGACUUUAUUCUACUAAUAUUAGGACUCUUUUCUGGUAAAUUCACGACUUUUUUCUAGUAAAUUUACGACUUCAUUCUGGUAAUAUUACGACUCUUUUUCUCAUAAAUUUAAGACUUUAUUUUCAUAAAUUGCCACUUUAUUCUCAUAAAUGUACAACUUUUUUCUUUUAAAUAUGUCUUUAUGCUUAUAAAUUUUAUGACUUUUUUUCUCAUGAAUGUAUGACUUUAUU